AUGGAAGAAUUUAUAAAAUGCUCAUACAAGGGUGAAAGGAAUCAGGUCGGAACAAUGGAUGGAAAGGGUGAAUUUACUUUUCCAAAUGGAACUCGUUAUGUUGGUGAGUUAAUUGAUGGAGAAUUUCAUGGAAAAGGAACUCUCUUCUUCCCAGGUCGUGGCCGCUAUGAAGCAGAAUGGGAUCACGGAACUGUUGUUUCUGGCCGUUUAUUCUUCGAUGAUGGCUUAGAACAUCAAGACGAAAACUGGAUUUACUGCUCAGACCAAGAUCGCCGUUAUUACAAUGAAGUUACAGAUGGAUUACACCCAGCUGGUGAAUCAUUCAUUACACCAAUUCGCCAGGAAAACAAACAAUAA